AUGAGCAGUAGAGCCAGAAAGAAGCGUAGAAAGAGGUCUCCUUUAAUGUCCAGGCAUGAUGCGUUAGAGAGGAAGAUGGAUAAUAUGUACACCAUCCUCAUGGAAAAGAUCGAAGCGGUUCAGCCUUCAGAAAAUCGUACGCACCCUGAGUUAGAUUCCGAUGAUGAUUGCUUAGACUCUGGGGACAUUAAUUCGGAAGGCUCUGACGCAGAUUCAGAGGGCCAGUCGAAAACUCUCCAACGAGCACCCCAAGAAGAAGUUUGGAGUUCCGUCAUCAGCACGUGCAGAUUGUCAGUGGUGGAUCAAGCACAUCAAUACUCCGGACAAAAUCUUAAUUCCGGAACUGACGUGCACAUAAGCACAAAUGCGUCAAACCCAUACUGGAGUGUUCAACUUGGAUAUCACUCUCUAUCGGUUUCAAGAAGCGAUUCGAGGUUGUUCAGUGAUGGUGCACAGGACGGUAAUCUCUUACCUGAGAAAUCAGCGAGGAACACGGUCAAUCGUUCUUCUAGAAGCAACAACUUGAAGUUAGCCGACAGUGUAGACGUGACGCUUCAUGCUUUCUAUCUGCCUGAUCGCUACUAUAUAAUAGCCGAUUGCCUAUCGUGCGGAAACGGGCUUCCAGAUUGGCACCUCAAGAGGAACGUUGUGAAAAAGAUUUUCAAGAAAUGGGGUACCCCUCAAGUGGAGCUUAUGCGUCAA